AUGAAUAAUGGAAUUAUCUAAUUUACUAUUUAUUUACUAAUAUAUUACAUAUUCGUAGCUCUAAAAUAAACUUAACAUCAACGAUUAAUCUUAAUCUCACAAAAUUUGUAUUUUUUACUUACUAAAAUAAACAAUAAGUAAAAAAUAACUUUUCAUUUGACAGACAAACUAAGAUACACUUAAAAUAAGCUAAUUAUUAGAGUGUUUAAAAAAUAUGAGUAUGCUGUAUUCAAAUUAGAAAUAUUUCAUUAGUUAAUUUCAAAAUAUAAUAGAAAAAUAGAUAUAAAUAUUAUAUAAACAUAUGAAUUAAGGUUAAUAUCAAAAAUAUAAAUUAAUUUUAUUUUAUAAAUCAUAAUUUGA